CCGUUAACCUUAGCAACCUCCCCACCUCAGUUCUUUUGUUUUUGUCCACUUGUGGGCAGAGAAAGUCAGCACCUCCAUGGCCAGUUCUUACCUGGCUCUCUUUGUGUUCUUAACCGAACGGGAGAACUGGUCCAGCUUGUAUUUUUCACUGCCCUGGCAAAUACUAGCUAAAUUCUACCUUUUACUAAACUUAGAACGUGGAGUCUGCGCCCCGCCCCCCAACCCAAAUUCCUAACAAUAUAUAUGCCACAUUUCCCAAUGCAAAACAAGCAGCGCGCCUUUGGUGGUCCUGAGCAAAAAAUAAAUGUUUUUAAUUACAUCUCUCAGGACUCUUUGUCCGACCAGAACUGAUUCCUCCUGCCUUUGGAUUUCAGUGGACGCGCCUACCUCUCAUUAGCAUCUAGGUGUAUGAACCUUGCCAUUUUACAGUAUUGUUUCAGUUGACAACACUCGUGUCUCACUUCAAAGUCUGCCCGUCCUCCGACCACGACAACUGGCUGAGGGCAGGCAAUUUAAGGGCAGGAACAAACUUUCUACGAACCCGAGCAGCUCUUAGUCACCCUCGUCACCUACUUCUCAGGUCCUCCUUUGUUUGCUAGCUCCUAGGACUGACGGUAGCCCAUAUUUCUUAUCUAGUUGAGGGAGAAAAGCACACACAGCUGAUGCUUGUGGACAGGGAGUCGCCCCUCGAAAGCGACACACAGUCGCUCAGCGCCAUGGAGGAAAACUGGAACCGCGCAGUGAAAGGCCUGACUGAUUUUAUGGGCUUUCUGAACCGGAGUCCCAAAGAAGAAAGCAGCAGCCCGAAGGCGACGGCGGCAGCAGAGGCGGCGAACGCGGGGACUUGUGAGUGCUGCUGUUGUGUGGCGGGUGGCUCAGGAGGUGCCCCGCCGGGGAAGGGCGAGGGCGCAGCUCGGCACUACGCCGACAAGCCCCGGGCGUUAUGAUUAUGACUGGCAGUCGGCCCGGCGAAGAUGGCGGCCCUUCCCACCCCGCGGAAGGCGGGAAAAGGCAGACUAGAGGCGCAGACGGGCCCUUUGGUUCCUUGCGCAUUUCACGGCAGCUCGCGAGACUAUAAGAGGGUUUGUUUUUAGACAAACCAAAACCGUAUUUUCUACUAAGCGCCAUGAGAGGAUUAGUUUUAUGUUGGCAAAUUCUCUCUCGGGGCCCCGUGUGUCUCUAAACUUACAACAGGCAGCAGCAAUUCCUUCCCCGACUGCAUUGUGCGCUUUUACGCAUCUACGUGGUUGAAGGACAUAAAUCAAUUCCAGCUGGAGCGGGAAGGAAUGGUAGCUCCUCCCUCCUUCCCAUUUCAGAAAUUCCCUUCUGUAGGGUAUAAAAAGCAGGAGUCGAAUCCUGAAAAGUUUUUCAGUAACAGGGAUCAGUCCUGGAACACCGGAAGAGCAGAGGAAAGGUCAGCAUAUUCUGGGAUGCGUUCCCUCCACCACUUUCCCGCUGAAAAUUGGUAAUAAUUCCGCUUUCAUAUAGUUCAAAGUGCUCCACUGACAUUAUUUCAGUAAUAUUUAUAAUAAUCCUAUAAGGCAGAUAAAUAGACAUUGCAAGCAGCCAAAAAGUGGCUGACCAUUUCUGAUGCCCGCUGGUCACGCAAGAACAGAACUUUCACCAGAUGGAGGCAGUUUGGCACAAUCAAGCAGCCGUUACAUCAUUUUCUACUGAUAACCUAAUUCAUCUUUGGAAAUUGCUAAAUUAUUUCCUGCGAUGUUUCCCUUGUGGCAAGGAGUUCCACAACUCACUUUUCCUUAAGCCAAAUACAGGCGGAGAUGGUUGUUUGGUUGUAUAUUUCCCCACAUGGCAUUGUAGACAUAAAAACAUUUCCCAUUUAAUCCAGAUUUCCUUUUUAACAUGGUUCUGAAUGCACCCUCUGAAGUUAGUGUCCUGUGGGGCUUAUUCCUAGUUGUUAAGUAAGCAUAUUAUUGUCCUGGAAGGCUAUUUUUUAUUUUUUUAAAGUUUCCAGCCAGAAUACUUUCAUUCAAACUGCUUUGACUCCCUCUUAAUCAACCCCAGUCCUCCCUGCUAUCUCCUAUACCUCAAUCAAUUCAGAGCAAUACAUUUUUUUUCCUUACAAGGCUCCUUUAGGGCUGUAUUCAUUCAUAUCAAAGCUAGGGGGAGACCUUAUUAGGACCAUUAGUCCUACAUUCUGCUUGAUGCAGGAAACCCAGGAUGCAGGAAACACUGAUGUGGAACUCAGCUAUUCCUCCAAAACAAAUACAUCCUCAUAAAGGUAAAGGUAAAGGGACUCCUGACCAUUAGGUCCAGUUGUGGAUGACUGGUUGCUGCGCUCAUCUCGCUUUACUGGCCGAGGGAGCCGGCAUUUGUCUGCAGACAGCAUCUGGGUCAUGUGGCCAGCAUGACUAAGCCGCUUCUGGUGAACCAGAGCAGCGCAUGGAAAUGCCAUUUACCUUACCACCUGAGUGGUACCUAUUUAUCUACUUGCACUUUGACAUGCUUUCAAACUGCUAAGUGGGCAGGAGCUGGGACCGAGCAACGGGAGCUCACCGCGUCGCGGGGAUUCGAACCGCCGACCUUCUGAUUGGCAAGCCCUAGGCCCUGUGGUUUAGACCACAAUCCAGGAUGCAGGAAACAGUGAUGCGGCAUUCAGCCAUUCCUCUAAAACAAAUAUAUCCUCAUAGUAGUAAGCAAAUUAUACUUUAAACUCUCAGCUUUUGGAAUAUUGCUUCUUAGGAGCACUUUUUCUGCCCAAGUCAGAGUACUUACUAUUCAUCUGCCUCUGCAGUAAUUAAACCUCAAAUAUAAACAAUUCCCAUAGAAUAUUUUAAAUUACCUGUGCCUACUUAUUCUUUCCUCUGGCUUAUUUUUGCGAAUAGGAGACCAGGCUGAAAGCAGGGAAUGUAGGCCAAAGGGCACUAUCAAAUUCAUCAUGAAAGGGAGAAUGCUGAAGUACCAGUCUGUCUGGUCUAUUUGCCUUUCCCCUCCUUGACCAGAAUCAAGCAAACACCCCUUUUUCUUUUCUUUCAUGUGUGCAAUAUCAAUAGAAUAUGAAGUGAUCUCUUGCACUCUCUGCAUUAAUGAAACACAUCAAACAAAUGCGAUAAAGCAGAGCAUUAAACUGAGGUCCUUUUAAAGUCACAACCAUUGUUUGCUUAACAAUUUGAUUCUGGUUGAUGUAAGUUAGGGUGGAAAUGAAUGUUUUUACAGGCUAGUAACAGAAGCACUGCUGUGCCAGUAGAGCCAGUAGAACCCACUUCUGUGAUUGCGGUCCAGCCUUAACUCUGUCUUGUUCUUUCUCUUAUAAGAGCAUUUUUUAUAAAAGUGUAUGUGCUAUUUUGUUUUCUGUACUGUGGUCAGAUUUAACAGGUCCACUCAAAUACAGUGGUACCUCGGGUUAAGUACCGUACUUAAUUCAUUCCGGAAGUCCGUUCUUAACCUUAAACUGUUCUUAACCUGAAGCACCACUUUAGCUAAUGGGGCCUCCUGCUGUACCGUGCCGCCGAAGCACGAUUUCUGUUCUCAUCCUGAAGCAAAGUUCUUAACCUGAAGCACUAUUUCUGGGUUAGCGGAGUCUGUAACCUGAAGUGUAUGUAACGUGAAGCGUAUGUAACCUGAGGUACCACUGUAUCUGGGUUUUAAAACCUCUUUUCUUUUGAAUCUCCUUUUCACUUAUUUAUUAUAAACUAUUUAUUAUAUACUAAAUAAUUGUUAUAUAUUUAAUUUUCACUGCAUGAAAUAUACACAUAUAACGGUGGUGUGUGGCAUGAGCACUAGCAUGUUGGAUUAGUAUCAGGGAGACCUGAGUUCAAAUCACCACUCCACCAUUAUGCUCACUAGAUUCUUGAUCCUAGACUGAUCGUUGCACCAGUCAUUCUUACUCACCUCACAGAUUUAUGAUGAACAUAAUACGCUGUCUUAUACCAUGUGAGACCAUCAAUCCAUCUAGCUUGGCAUUGCCAACACUGACUGGCAGCACCCCAAGGUUUCAGGCAGGGGUUUCUCAAUGCUGCUCCUGGAGAAGACGGGGAUUGAACCCAGGAACUUUUGUGUUCAAUCCAAAUAUUUUUCCACUGAGCUAUGGCCCUUCCCAUUAUAAAAUGGGAAGAAGGGAAGAAGGACCACUGUACACCACUCUGUGGAAAGGUGGGAUAAAAACGUAGCACAUAAAUUUAACUUUGUGAUCAUUUCUUUUAAUAUUUCAAAAGUCCUGUGCUUUUUGUUUUGCAGUGCUACCAGACGAAGAAGAAUUUCAGCAUGCUGCUAAAACUAAUAAUCUGGACACGAUGGAAAGACUGUUUAAGAAAAGAAUUAAUAUUAAUGCUGUAAAUAGUGUAAGUAUAAUGCACAUUACCAUCUGAACAGGGAACCCCCGCAACGCCAUCAUUUCCAAAGCCUAAAAUUACCUAACUGCAACACACUGCUCUUAAAGGGAAUGUUUCAAAUAUGUGUUUUGGGAUCACAAACAGGAGAGUGCUAUUGUCUGGUGGUUGGACACUGUGGAAACAGAAAGUUGGACAAGAUCAGCUUUUGCUUUGAUCCAGUAAGGAUAUUCUUAUUUCCUUCAACAACUUUUAUUUCAAGAGACUGCAAAAAGUGCAUUGCCAUGUUGACUACUAAGAAUUCAGGCCGUACUCAAAUUCAUGUCAAAUUCCAUGGACCUCAUUGAUCAAAGCAUUCUGCUUACUCUGUAAAAGUGAUCCUGCCCAGUAUAUGCCACUUGGAUAUUCCUAAAUUUAAACGAGACAUUAAAUUUUAUUCUUGUCCAAUUCACAUGAGGGCUUAUUGGAUUUCUGACAUCUAGAUAGACUAAUUUAGACUCUGAUUAUGCAUCAUGGCAGCUAUGAAGUCCUGAGCCACCCCAGAGCCAGUUGCUUUGGCAAGGAUGCAUGGGCAUAGCCAAGGGGGGGGGAGCUGCCCCCCCCAGAUGAGGUUAAACAAUAGAAACACUUAACUAACUGACCAGUCACGUCAGUUCUGCCACUCCAACAAAAGUUCUGGCCCCCCUAACAAGGUCCUCCUCCCCCUAACAAAAAUCCUGGCUAUGCCCAUGCAUGGAUGUUGAAGUCCUCCAGACCCAGCAGUCUGGGAGUCCUCAGCACCACCUCUGAGACCAGCUCUGUCAACUCAGGCAGGGAAACCUCUGAGCAGUGAGGCAGGUGGUAAACCAGCAGAAUCCCUAAUCUGUCCUGAUUCCCCAAUGCCAGAAACACACAAAUUUUUCUUCAGAGUGACAUUCUAGUGUUAAAAGUGGGGGUUAAUCUUUGUAUCCUCAUGAUUUAUGCAAAGGAGAGACUAUCACCGAAAUUCAUUUUUAAAGAUGAUCAAGGAAGAUUUGUGGCAAUUGAAAUUCAAGUUCAAGGAGAGAAAUUUUUGAUAGUAGGAAUUUAUGCACCGAAUGAGGGGAAAUCUGAAUUCUUCAAAAAGUUGCAUGAGACCUUAAUGGACUAUUUGGAUUACAAUCUGAUCUUGAUGGGAGAUAUGAAUGGAGACUUGGAGAACAAAGAAUCCCUUGGGAAGAGAGGGAACUUUCUUUUCUGAAGCCAAGAUGACAUGGACUAGAAUUGACCAAAUAUGGGUAACUAGAGGAAUGGCACCAAAGAUAAAGAAAGUGGAAAUUUGUCCAAAAACCUGCUCCGACCACAAUGCUGUAAAGAUGGAGAUGAAACUAAUGUCAACUGGCUCCUUCAGAUGGAGGAUGAAUGACACCUUAUUCAGAGAUGAACAAGUGUAUAAAAAGGCCCAAAAAACCUUGAGAGACUAUUUUGAGAUAAAUAUGAACACUAAGGUUGAAAAAAGAGUAAUCUGGGACGCAAGCAAAGCGGUUAUGAGAGGGUUCUUGAUACAACAGAAUGCAAUAAAGAAGAGAAGCCAAAAUGAGAAGAAAGAUAAAAUUUUGGAGAAAAUAAAAGAAAGUGAGAAGAAAUUGAGAGCAAAACCAAAGUCGCAGGAGAUUUUGAGAGAAAUAAAGUUAUAUCAAGUACAAUAUAUGGAAAUGAUGAAUCAGGAAAUAGAAUGGAAAAUUAAACAAAUGAGACAAAAAACAUUUGAAUCAGCUAAUAAAUGUGGGAAAUUGCUGGCUUGGCAAAUAAAAAAAGACAAAAAUUAAAUACUAUUACAAAUUUAGAAGUGGAAGGAAAAAACAUACAUAACCCAACUGAGAUUAGAAACUGUUUCCAGAGGUAUUUUAAACAAUUAUAUACACAAGGGCCACAGAAAGAAAUGGACAUAGACCGAUUCCUGAAGAUAAAUGGAUUACAAAAAAUCUCUCAAGAAAGUAAAUUAAUGUUGAAUUAUAAAAUAUCUGAACAGGAAGUAGAAGGUGCCAUUCAAAAUAUGCAAUUAGGCAAAUCUCCAGGACCGGAUGGGCUGACUUCUAGAUAUUAUAGAUCCUUGAAAGAGUGGUUAGUACAACCUUUAAAGGAAGUCUGCAAUGAAAUAUUGGAAGGGAAAAGGGCACCAGAGUCGUGGAAAGAAGCGUAUAUUACACUUAUACCGAAAACAGAGACUGAAAAGACUCAGCUGAAGAACUACCGCCCAAUAUCAUUACUUAACGUGGAUUACAAAAUUUUUGCAGACAUUUUGGCCAAGAGAUUGAAAAAAGUGUUGAUGGAAGAGAUUCAUAAGGACCAAGCGGGCUUUCUCCCGGGAAGACACUUGUCUGACAAUUUGAGGAAUAUAAUUGAUAUUUUGGAAAAACUAGAAGUGAACAUAAAUACUAAAGCAGUUUUGAUAUUUGUGGACGCGGAGAAAGCUUUUGAUAAUAUCUCUUGGAGUUUUAUGAAGAAGAACCUACAGGGGAUGGGGGUAGGCUAAGGCUUUGAAAACGGUAUAAGUGCAAUUUAUUCAGAACAAAAGGCUAAACUAAUUGUAAAUAAUGUAGUGACGGAAGAAUUUAAGAUAGAAAAAGGGACACGACAAGGUUGCCCAAUUUCCCCAUUGCUUUUUAUAUCGGUCCUGGAGGUUUUGCUGAAUAUGAUUAGAAGGGACCAGUUGGUUAAAGGUAUACAAGUCGGAGCUAAACAGUACAAAUUGAGAGCAUUUGCAGAUGACUUAGUAUUGACAUUACAGGAGCCAGAAUCUAGUACUAAAAGGGUUUUAGAACUGAUUCAAGAAUUUGGUCAGGCUGCAGGAUUUAAACUGAAUAAGUUAAAAACCAAGGUAUUAGAGAAAAAUUUAACACCGAUUGAGAGAGAGAGGUUUCAGAAUGAGACAGGUUUGACAGUGGUUAAGAAAGUGAAAUACCUGGGGAUUAAUAUGACAGCAAAAAAUGGGAAUUUAUUUAAAGAUAACUAUGAAAAAUGCUGGGCCGAAGUGAAAAAAGAUUUAGAAAUUUGGUCAAACUUGAAGCUUUCACUGUUGGGUCGUAUUGCUGCGAUAAAAAUGAAUGUAUUGCCUAGAAUGUUGUUUUUGUUUCAAACAUUGCAAAUUGUGGACAAAAUGGAUUGCUUCAAGAAGUGGCAGAGAGACAUUUCUAGAUUUGUCUGGCAGGGCAAGAAGCCCAGAAUAAAAUUUAAGAUAUUAACUGAUGCAAAGGAAAGGGGUGGAUUUGCCCUGCCAGACUUUAAACUUUACUAUGAAUCAGCAACUUUCUGCUGGUUGAAAGAAUGGCUGCUUCUUGAAAAUACAGACAUUUUGGAUUUAGAAGGUUUUAACAACGUAUUUGGAUGGCAUGCAUAUCUGUGGUAUGAUAAGGUCAAAGCACAUAAAGCAUUCAAGAAUCAUAUUGUCAGGAAAGCAUUGUUUAAUGUUUGGAUAAGAUACAAGGAUUUAUUGGAAAAUAAAACCCCAAGGUGGCUGUCACCGAUGGAAGCGAAAGCUCUGAAAAGGCUCAAUAUGGAGGCCAAAUGGCCGAAAUAUUGGGAAAUUUUGGAACAAGAUGGAGAUAGACUGAAAUUACAGAGUUUUGAAAAAUUAAAAAAUAAAGUGCGAGACUGGCUUCAUUAUUAUCAGAUAAUGGAGGCAUAUAAUUUGGACAAGAAAAUUGGCUUCCAGGUGGAAAAAUCAAAAUUAGAAACAGAACUGUUAGAACCCAAAACUAAGAAUUUGUCAAGAAUGUAUAACUUGCUGUUGAAAUGGAAUACUCAGGAUGAAACGGUGAAAUCUCCUAUGAUUAAAUGGGCACAAGAUGUUGGACAUAACAUAAUGAUGGCUGACUGGGAACAGUUAUGGACCACAGGUAUGAAGUUUACGGCAUGCAAUGCCUUAAGAGAGAAUAUUAUGAAAAUGAUAUACAGGUGGUACAUGACCCCAGUCAAGCUUGCAAAAAUCUAUCAUUUGCCCGAUAAUAAAUGUUGGAAAUGUAAAGAAACUGAAGGUACAUUCUUUCACCUUUGGUGGACGUGCCCAAGGAUUAAGGCUUUCUGGGAGAUGAUCUAUAAUGAAUUGAAAAAGGUAUUUAAAUAUACCUUCUUGAAGAAACCAGAGGCCUUUCUCCUGGGCAUAGUCGGCCAAUGGGUGCCAAAGAAGGAUAGAACUUUUUUUAUGUAUGCUACAACAGCAGCAAGAAUACUUAUUGCAAAGUAUUGGAAGACACAAGAUCUACCCACUCUGGAAGAAUGGCAGAUGAAGGUGAUGGACUACAUGGAAUUGGCGGAAAUGACUGGCAGAAUCCGAGACCAGGGAGAAGAGUCGGUGGAAGAAGAUUGGAAGAAAUUUAAAGACUAUUUACAGAAAUAUUGUAAAAUUAAUGAAUGUUAGAAUGAUGUUGGAUAGAAAUUAAGUGGUUUUCAGCUGUAAUACUAUAAGGGAAUAUGAAAAAUGGAUUAUUAAUAGGUAAAAAUUUAACGUUACAAUAUUUUAAGAUUAAAGACUAGGAUAAACAAAGAGGGUAAGGAUUUGCUGAACCAACAAACCGAACUGGAAUACAAAAAAGGGAGGCGUGAGGAGGUCCAGGAAACAAGCUAAUGAAAAAUAAGUAAUGGAAAUAUUGAGUUGUUUUUAACCAUUUUUAUUUUGUAUUUUCUUCUUUUUUUAUUUUUAUUUUGUAAUAUUUUGAAAAUCUUAAUAAAUAUCUUAUAAAAAAAAGUAAUCUUUGUAUCCUCAGACUCGGGGGACACACCCCCUAAGGGCACAAUCAUAAAUUAACUAGAGUAGAGAGGUAAAAAAACAGGAUAGGAUGUCUACACCUUUAAUACUCAUGUACAACAUGGAAUUUGAGCAAGAAUUUGAGCAUCAUCCACAACGGUCUAUACCUAUUUGUUUCUAAUGUCCUUUUGCUUUUAACUUGUUUUUAACUUCUUCUGAUUUUAUUGUUUGGAUUUGGAUUUUUUUAUAUUGUUGUAAACUGCUGUGAUAUUGUUUAAGAUACAGCGGAAUAAAACUAUUGAAAAGAAAGAGAGGAGGAGGAGUUUGUUGCCCAAGCUGCACCAGCUGAAAUUCCCUCUUCCAUACAGCUGUUAAAGGCACUGGGUUAAGAGCAGCUUGGGCUAAGCACAAUGUCAUAAACACACAAUGCAAUGUCAACACUUACGCGGAAAUGGUAGCACAGCACUUAAGAACAGUUUGCUGCUACCUUUAUUUUUAUCUGGCAGUGGAGCCUGUGAAAACAAUGUUAUUUGCAUAUAUUAAUUAGCGUCCUUAUGAACAAAUAUUUCACUUUUCCACAGACUGUUAUCUACAAAUAUUUACCUGCUUGGCAAAGCCCACUGAGUUUAUUGUAUUUAUUCUUUAUAUUUAAAGGUAUCGUUAUUCACAUAUAUUUGUGGGGAAAUAAUUUUCUAAUGAAAAUCCAAAUCAAAUUGUUGUUGACCAGUACUAAAAGAAAAGGAACUGAAAUUUGGGAUUGUGUAGAUGCUGAACAUUUUGCUUUUAUUACUGACCAGAAGAUUUAAAGCUCUUCAGUGUUAUUCUGUCGCUUUUAUUUUCUUAUUUUAGCUGAAGCGCACAGCACUCCAUUUUGCUGUUGCAGGAAAUCAUGUAUCUGCAGUAGACUUUCUCCUCCAUCACAAAGCCAGAGUUGAUGUAGCAGAUAAGGUAUACAAAAAAAAGUUCUUUUUUAUUGUUGACACAGACAAAUAGGAAUAUUUUGUAGGAACACUGGCAUUGAUAGAUUGUCCUUUUUUGCUCACAGUAUUUGAAGGGGGAAAGAGUCAUUUUUUAAAAUGGAAACAUAUUGAAAUGUUAAUAUCUUCCUCAGAAACAUCUUCCUUAAAAAUAAGAAAUAAAAAUAAUUAUUUAACUUUUUUGUUUCAGGUGUUCUGCAUAUAUUUGCUAGUUUAAACACACACAAGCAAGAAAAAAAAAGCGCAAAAUGUCAAAUGUUGCUUUAUAUCAGGCAAAAUCAAGAGCUGUCCCACUUACAUUUACAUUUUGAAAGUUGCUUUGCAAAUGAUGUCAAAUAACAUGGGAGUUAGGUCUAUGCGUACUAAGGUUUUUUAAAAUUAUUUUGUUUUGAGAGAGAGAGAGAGAGAACAAGAUGGAUUUGACUUUUAACCUAUAAUGUCUUUAGAAGUAGCUAUUUUUUAAUAAUAGUAUCGGGAUAAUUAGAAAAAAAUGCACUCAUUGCUACAUCAUUGCUAUUAGAUACUUUUCUGUGGUUGAAUUAAGUAAGCAGACUAUUGUUGGGAUCAGUGAGUGCUUUUUAAGGGUAGGUCUACAAAUAAUAUAUGAACUUAACAAUUUUUAUUGCACAAACCAUUUUUUAAGUAUUUGAUUCAAAUGUCACCUCACACAUGAACUCCCUACAUGGAGAGGCCUCCAUCUCUUAGCCUCAGCUUCCUAUGCCAAACAAUGCUGACCUACUGUACAGCUUUAUUAAAAUGAUUAUGAAAUACUUAAAAAGAGCUACAUAGACGCUGUCAAAAGAACCCACACACUGCUCCCAACCUCACAGGUUUCAGUGGCGUUGUUCGAAUUCCAUAGAAUUUACAAGCUAAUCCCCAUUUAUCAUGUCCGUUAACUAUAUAGAGUGGUACCUCGGGCUACAUACACUUCAGGUUACAGACUCCGCUAACCCUGAAAUAUCAAAUCAAAUCAAAUCAAAUUUAUUAAACGGUCACAGACCAGAUUAACUCGUACAGCUAGUCAGCUAAGCAUAACACCGAAAAAAAAAAGGACAAUUUCAAUACAUAACUGCAAUUUAAAAUUAGACAGCAUAAAUAAAAAAUUAAGUAUUUGCCUUCGCCUGCGUAAUGCCAUUGGAAAGCUCUUGUUUCCUGCGCCUAAUAGCGGCUACACAAAAAUUUGGCCACAUUGAUCGUAAUUUCAGAAACCUUGUCUUCUACCAAGGCUCUCAUACGUUGGAGUUCUGGUUCAUUUUUAAGCUUUUGUAGAACUGGGGCAAUAAAGGUCAAACGUAGAUCCUCAUAGUAACUACAGUGCAGCAAUACAUGCAGACUUGUUUCCACUUCCGAUGAGCCACACGGGCAAACACGUGACUCAUAUGGUUUGCCCUCAUAUAACCCUGAAAUAGUGCUUCAGGUUAAGAACUUUGCUUCAGGAUGAGAACAGAAAUCGUAUUCCAGCGGUGCGGUAGCAGCGGGAGGCCCCAUUAGGUAAAGUGGUGCUUCAGGUUAAGAACAGUUUCAGGUUAAGUACGGACCUCCGGAACGAAUUAAGUACUUAACCUGAGGUACCACUGUAAUGCCGCAAAGUAUAAAUUGAAAAGAGCAGUUUGGAAUUGCAUUGCGACUUAACUGCAUUUUAAUUGUUCUUUUUUUAAAAAUUUGGAGCAUGGACUUACUGCAAUUCAUCUUGCUGCGUGGUCUGGAAAUCUGGACAUAAUGCUGAUGUUGAUUAAAGCAGGCGCUGAUCAAAAAGCUAAGAACAAGGUUUGUUAGUGGUGGGUAUAAAACAGCAUUAAGAUUUUUUCACAACAGAAGAAUGUUUUAUUCCAUUUUACUAAUCUGUUCUGCCUUUUCCUUAGGAGGGAAUGAAUGUCCUGCACUUUGCAGCCCGGAACAAUAAUGUUAGAAUAGUGGAUUAUUUUAUCCAAGAUCUUCACUUGAUGGAUCUUAAUAAGCCUGAUGAGGUACCAUGCAUAUACUAUACUAUGGGUUAUUUGCUAGUGGAUAUUUCUGGAUAGCAUUAGUAAAUUUUGUGAAUAUUUUUUUAAAAAAACAUCUAGGAUAACUAUGCAUAUUGUCACAGUAAAAUUUCCUUUGUGGUGCUUGUCACAGGGCUGCCUUCAGAUGUCUUCUAAAUGUUAUGUAGUUCUUUAUCUCCUUGGCAUCUAAAGGGAGGGUGUUCCACAGGGAGGGCGCCACUACUGAGAAGGCCCUCUGCCUGGUUCCUUGUAACUUCGCUUCUUGGAGGACCUCAGUGUCCAGACUUAAAAAUGGGGGUGGAGACACUCCUUCAGGUAUACUGGGACAAGGCUGCUCUUUUUAUCUUUUUCUCCUAACAUAAUGAUGAUGUUGCCCAUCUUCUUAAGUCUCUCUAUGGGCACUGUAUCAUGUUCUAUAUCAAUUAUGGACUUCUGGUAAUCAAUCUCUUCCUUUGCCUCUUUGCCUAUGGUGAGGUGGUGAAUCUGUGGCCCUUUAGAUGUUGUUUGAAUACAACUCCCUUCAUCCCUGACCAUUGUCCAUGUCAGGGACUGUCUUAAGCACAUGCAGUGCCAGGGUACAAAGAUCCGCCCGGUGGCCCCCCCCAGGUUGCCCAGUCCCAGGCACACAGGAGGGCGGAGCUGGCCGGCCGCCUCAGCGUCUCACUGGCUCGGUCACCCCCAAACUCGCGGUGCAGAGCUGCCCGCAGCAGAAGAGCCCGCCGUGGCACUCCGACCAAUGGGCAGGCUCUUCCCCGGACUCAACUCUCGGGCCCCAGACUCUCGGCCUGGCACCCCUGAGAGCUCAGCGCCCAGGUGCCCUGCACCCCUAGUGCCUAUGGGUAAGACGGCCCUGGUCCAUGGUGAUUGGGGCUGAUCAAAUGUGAGGACCAACAAUAUCUGGAGGAUCACAGGUUCCCAACUCAUUAUAGGUUUUCUAGAGAGAGACUACAUCAUUUAUACAUUAUGUUGCCACAUCAUAUCUAUCCAUGAUAGUAGUUGCCCAGUUUCUCCUUUGUUGUUUCUGGUACUGACAGGUUUUGGAGCAGUGGAGCUAGGACCCAAGUAUUUAGCAGUUAUGUAUCAUUAAUUGUAUAGGUGUUUGCAGCCACAUAUAUAGGAGUGUGCGUGUUAAGUAAUACUUAACAAAGUUUCUACAAGAGGUUUUUACUUCCACACUGACAUCUUAAUUAUUUACUGUUUCCUAGAAAGGUAGGAAGCCAUUCCUUGUCGGAGCUGAAAUGGGCCAUGUAGAAAUGACCAACGAGUUGAUUUCCCUUAACUUAUCCACCUCAGAAAAGGACAAUGUAAGUUUAUCACAAGAAUUCCAUUAAAUACUUAUUGCCUUUGGGUAUUUUGCAGUGAGUGGCAUUUCCAACUAAAAGCUGUACUUUCUUACCCAUGUUAAAUGCUGUAUUAAAACACUGUGAGUUCUGGCAAUAAAGAGGGGGGAAAGGAUAGAUUAAACAGUGCUUAAUUUCACUUUGCCACUUAAUAUACCAUGCUGCUACAUUUAUCCAUCUGCUUAGAGUAUUUGUAUGCCACUGUCCUUUUUACAAUUUUCACACCAAACUUAAGUUUAUUAGUAGCCGCGCUUAUGUAAGAAAACAUUGUAUCGGUAUCAACUUAGUUCUAAAUUAUCUCGCUCGGAAUUAGUGGUUUGUUUUGGUAAGCACUGAACCUAUUUAUUUUAUGUAAAAGGCUCUACUUGGUGAAAUAUACUGAAUUAACAUGAUUACUAUUUUGUAUAUUAUAGUACUCAAAACUAAUGUUAGUUAAAAUAUGUGUUUUUACCCUUUUUCCAACUUUGGUAGGGCAGGGGGGAAACUUAUGGUAGAUUGGCAUCCGCUGGCAGAUCUCUAGCUGAUUUGCAGUACAACAGCAGGGGUUUCUAACUUCCAAUUGUUUAACAAGAGCAACAGCAAAACAACAAUUACUAUAUAAAUUGGACUGCUGAAAUGAAUAAAGCUAACCAGGAGUGGACUCUUGUGUGAAAGCUCAGUUCACUUCUAGUUCUGCAAACAAAUUCCUAUUCUUGGAAUAUGGAACACCAUGUUCUGUAACUCAAAACAGAAUUUUUUUUAACCUGGAUUUUUUAUAUAUAUAUAUAACAGAAAACAUAUCUAGCUUGGAUUCUGCCUACUCCUGUCAGCUAGGGCAUUUGAUUCUUGCUUCACACUCUUCCUUCCAUGAUCGCUAAAUCUUUCCAGUCCUUUAGAGAGACAGGAAUAGAUAAAAGGAGGGUGGGAAAAUUGAGAUUAGCUUUUAUAACCUGCACUCAAAAUGCUAUGUUCCAUUCCAGAUUGCAUAAUGCCCAUAUAGACUUGUGAGCAGUGCUCUAGAGUUUCUGUUUACUCCAAGGGUAUCUACUUUAAGUGGUGAUAAUGAAUAUUAUAUGUGUAUAAUUUAUUUCUGUAUGUGUUAUUUUACAGGAAGGAAACACUGCAUUGCACCUGGCUGCUAAAAAUGGUCACAGUGAGGUGGUAGAAGUUCUUCUUCAAGAGUGGAAAGAAAUAAAUGAGUUAAAUGAGGUAAACCUAAAGAUGUAAAAGCAAAGCACAUGGCCACAAUUUUCAAGAUUUGUUCAUGUAUCUAUACACACAUUGAUGUCAACCUGUAACUUCUUUCAUGUAUGUUCACGGAAGUAUCACUUUGGGAAUCUUACCUGGAGACAGUUGUGCGCCGCAGAGGUUUUUACCUGAAAAAUAAUAGCCUUAUUUUACUUACUUGGAGAAAUUUGCCUGGAGGCCAGGAGAACACCACUGCCCACCAUGUCAUCUGCUUCUGGUUUCUAAUUUGGUUUUACUCUGGGCAAUGAGCAUGGUGCCAUUUGCAAAGGAACCGGAGGAAACCAUUGUGGCUCAAAUCAAGCAUUUUCCCCUCAGCCAUGUCUGAGAUUAAAUCAUUGCAUUGUCUAUAAUACAAGUGCAAACCUUUUGUAUUGUUUCGUUAUAGAAUGGCGAAACCCCGUUUUACCUAGCUGUGGAAGGAGGCCACGAAGGGUGUGCCAAUCUGUUAUUGGAAGCCGGAAGUGACAUCAAUAUUUCCAACAAAGUAUGUUGAUAUUCUUAGACUGCUAUCCUAUAUCAUCAGUCUUAGAGUAAGCCUCACCAAAUACAAUGAGACUUUUAAAAUAUAUAAACAGAUUGCGUAAAUCGUCUUAUAAGGAAACUCCCCCCCCCCCCGGUCUAGUAAGAUUUUAAAAGCAUGUAAACUGGAAUGCCCAGUUAUUUGCUAAUGGUGUCUUUUAGUUAUAAACAUUCACAUUCUAAUCGAAAUCAGUGGUAUGGAAUAGCUGCCAAGGGGAGAAGCAAUGGCUGUCAUUCUUGAAAACAUGAUUUUUCUGCUUUCCAUGUCAUACAGCAUAAUCCUAUGCAUGUUCAUGCAUCUUCAUUCAAACCAGAUGCACAAGAGGAGGAGAAAGAAGGGGGCAUUUGGCUUAUUCUUGGUCCAUGGUUUCUUGAGCCAAGCUUGUGAUACCACAGGCCAAAUCCAUUCCACCACCUUAUUCAAAAUAGACAUCCAUAAGUCUCAUGGACUUCAUUCUGCCAAUUAGCCUUUUGUUAUAACAAAGUGGUGCGGGCUUUGUCAAGUAAUACAUCAUGUUAAUAUGGUGAAGCAUUUGUAUGAAGUAGCCACAACAGGAAAUAAUAUUAUGUCAGGCCAUUAAGAAGUUAAAAAGAGCCACUGGUUAAUCAAACUAAAGGCCCAUCAAGUCCAGCAUCCUGUUCUCGCAGUGGCCAAUCAAAUGCCUAUGGGAAGCCUAUAAGCAGGACCUGAGUACAUUCUGCUUACUUGUGAUUCCCAGCAACUAGUCUUCAGAGGCUUACUUCCUCUGCCAGUGGAGGUAGAGCUUUGUGGAUUGUAGCCAGAGAACAUGUUCUCUGAAUGGUGGCAAACUGGUUUCCUUAAUAAUUUCACCUGCUUCUUGAAAUAUCUUCAAAGAACAUUAUUUUUUAAAUUACUUUGAAAUAGAAACUGCUUUCCAUUGUCUUUCCUUUAGCACAAUACCAGUGCAUUGCAAAUAGCAACCCAGAAUGGACAUACAGCUUUGGUCACAUUUCUUAUCAAUAAAAAUAUAGAUCUGGGAGUGCAGCCUCAGGUGAGUACUUUUAAAGAAAUCAGGUUAUGCCCUUUAUUUUGCAGGCACCUCUUGAUAUUUAUUAACAAGAUUCUCUGAAAGUAGUAGUAGCUAGCUAUGUCUAAACCAGCAUACAAAACAAGGAGAGCCCAUAGCCAGUAUAGAUAAAGUCUAGUGCAUGUUAAAGAGUUGCAAGCUUGCUUUGGCACAAACUUCUCUGUGUUAGAAGUCUACUUCAUCCAAUGAUUAAGUGUUAUCCUGAGCUACAGGAUAUUCUGAGUUAACCCUAACUUUAUCUACAUGUGUGGUAAAGGUAAAGGGACCCCUGACCAUUAGGUCCAGCCGUGACCGACUCUGGGGUUACGGCGCUCAUCUCACUUUAUUGGCCAAGGGAGCUGGCGUACAGCUUCUGGGUCAUGUGGCCAGCAUGGCUAAGCCGCUUCUGGUGAAUCAGAGCAGCGCACGGAAAUGCCGUUUACCUUCCUGCCGGAGUGGUACAAGGUCAUGAAAUGAAAUGCAGAAAGUUCAGGCAGUGAUGAUUACGUUACUGAAGGUAGGUCAUUGACAAAGGAGUUGCUGCUGAUAAUACAGACAUCCUUACAUUGGUAAGCUGACUAACACAGAUAGGGCUGGUUUGCAAAUAAUGCUAAAGCAUGGCUUAUUAAAGCACAGCUUGGCAUUAUGUGGGAGCCAAGCCCAGAUGUUUAACUAUGGUUAAAGGUUAAGUGCCCUUUUACAGUUGGAUCCCAGAUUGCAGGGGACCUUCCAGAUAACAAAGGAUAUUGUGGGCACAUAUAGCAGCAACAUCCAAGGCUAAUCCAAAUCCUAAAUCCAGGCAAGCAGUUGUUCUAACAGGAGCGGUGCAGGUCACCAGAGAAGAGCGGUGCAGGUCACCAGAGACUUGGACACAGUGCUAGUAGCAAGACAUUGCUCCAGCAGCUCUCUCAGCCUUACAUCAAAUCUUCCAUAGCUUCCAGACUGCCAGUCCACACACCCCAGGGUCCAGCUGCAACUUCUUAGAGGUUUCUGCAGAGAGAGUCCUUGCGAGGAUGGCCCUACUCCUGAUUAGUCCUUUACUCACAAGGAGUCCUCUUCUGCAACAAAGCACUCAUCCUGACUGGUCUCGUUUGGGGCCCAGGGGUCGUUUUGCCUCUGCUUCAGAUGUUGAGCUGUCUUUCUGCAGGGAGGGAUCCCUGUCAGCCCCUCCCCCCCCGACAGUUCUAGAUCCUCCAUACCUGUUAUUCUGGGCUGUUCUUGGGGCUCCAAAUCAUUUACAGCCAAAUCCUAUAUAAACUAAAGUUUAUAAACUUUAGUUAAUUUUAACCAUAGCUUAGCAUUAUGUGCCUAUCUGGUUAAGGAACUGUCGUUGCCCCAAAGCUACAAAGCCAUGGAAAAUUUAAAGGCAUGACUGUUCUUGCUAGUGAUUUUAACUGUUUUGUGACUUAAUACACCAAGGUUUAAGUGCACAUCUGCCAGAUACAUCAGCCUUAAAUAUUUGGUUUAUUAACUACGGUUAAUGUCAACUGUGCCUUAGGGUUAGGUGCAAACUAGGCCAUAAUGUGAUAAGUCACAGUUGACAACAUCAAGGCUGUUGAUGAAUUGUACUUCAAUGGUUUCAAACUGCAGUCUCCCUUUGAAGUUUAUCUAUUCUCCUGAAAACUGUAUAAAUAAUGAGAACUAGCCAAUUAAAGUUAAAACGUCUUAAGCUUUGUUGGUUUCAGUGGGAAUGAGUUUAGCAUGUGUCUGACUCUUUCAUGGAAAUCAGUGAAAAUUAAAUGUGUCAGGAUUGUGUCUAAUACCAUCAACAUUUAAAAAAAAAAAAAUCAAAACACAUAUAUUUCCAAAUGAAAUACCUACGCAGAGCUUCCUGCAGGAGAGUGAUACUGUUAUGCAAAGGACCGUAUGUUGCUGUCCUGUUGUUAUAGCCAGUUGUAUAUGUAUGAUCAACACGUUUAUUAUCAAUGAAAGAGAAAUAUGUUUGUAUUCCAGCACAUUUGGAGCUGAGAUUAUAUAUAAAGUCAUCAGCAUUAGAUUCAACUCUCAUAGAGUUCUUGUGGUUAAACACUGAGUUCUUGCUGGUAUCAUCUGAGAAACAUAUUUUGUUUGCUAUUAAAAGUUUUUCGUCACAUUUUAAAAUCUUGGCUAGCCCUGAUGUACAAUUUUAUUUACUUAAUUUCCCACCAGCUGUUAAUGGUAGAUAAAAUUCAUCCAGGUUUUAUUCCUAGAGGGAAUAUGUUGAGACUGAAUCUAAAAUUGUUGUACGGUAUGUAUCACUGACAUGAAAACAUAUUUUUAUUAAAUUGAGGAAAGGCUCAGGAGUGUGUUAAAACUUGGAGACUUUAGUGAAAAAAACUGAGAAGAUAACUUAGUUUAUGUAGCUAAUUAACAUUUUACCUAAUUUAUUCCCUGCCCCCCCCCCCCAGUUUUUGGCUAUAUGAAAAUGUCUAUAUUUUGCUUAUAGAUUAUUAUUACAUUUAUAUCCUGUCCCUUAUCAUAUUUGCAUCCUUAGCAGAGUGUUUAUCUUAUUGUAUUGUCAGAGGAUAGAACAAGUAAAAAAAAGGAACAUUGCAAAUCCUGCUUUAAAUAUAUAUGUAUGUAUGAAUGUACGUACUAGGGGCUGCACCCCUGUUUUCUUCUCUCAUUUUUUGCAGCUCCUCUUUGAUGACGCACCUCAUUAUCACAUUCACCCCCUUUUUCCUAUCUCUUUCUUCCUUUUUCCAACUCCCCAUUACACUUGUUUUCAUGCACCCUCCUCCCUUCUGUUCUAAUUCUGCAAAUCCAUUUGCACACAACCCCCAUGCUGGUAUAUGUUACUGUGUUUUUUAGAUCAAUAGAAUCUUAAGAGCAAGGCUGUCAGCCUGUUCAGCUGGAGACUGAGUGGAUGGAUGUUGGAGCUUCUUGUUGAUUAACAACACAUAACACCAGGAAUUAAAUACAUUAUGUGAAAGUACUGUGGAAUAUUUGAGGGCUCUGCAUCCUUUAACUCUUUCACCAAGCUGAGAAAAAAGAAGGCAGCUAAGGAAAGAGGGAGAAGAUUGAGUACAGCAAGAAGGGAGGUACAGUGAGAGGAAAAUGGUAGUUUAAAACAAUGGCAGAAGUUUAAGUAGAGCAAGCAGUUCAGACCCCAUGAUAAAAAAGUGAUAUUAAUAGAUAUAUAUUUAUUUUGCCCCAACACGCAUCACUGUAUAUUGGGUUACAUUAAAUUGCAAUUGCCAUUUUACUGCCCAUUCACUCCUUUUGGAGUUCUACACUCUACAUCCCUCCUGCUACUUACCGUACUUUUCCAUGUAUAAGACAAGGUUUCCCCCCGUUAAAAUAAUGUUAAAAAAUUGGGGUCGUCUUAUACAUGGGUAGCCCCCCAAAAACUUGGCAAUCCUCCCCGCAAAAAGCUCAACAACUCUGGGCAAUCUCCCCCCAUUUUCUUAAUUUUGAGUCCCCCCAAAUAGGGGGCAUCUUAUACAAGGGGCGUGUUAUACACGGAAAAGUACGGUAAUCAGUUCCUGAUCUUCAAGAGGACCUCUCCCCAUAUCUUAUUCUAUGAGCUGCUCAGCUUACUUAGGAGUCUUUGGUGAGGUACUUUGUCAAAAGCUCUUUGAAAGAACCAAUUGGCCAGCCACUAUUUAAAAAACCUUUAAGUAAAAACACUUAAAGCAGGAUUUGAAGAGUUCAGUUUUUAAUUGGGCCUUCCUUUUGACAUACAUACAUUUAUCAUCACAUUUAUCGCCUUGUUACAUUGCAGUUCAUUAUAAAUAACACCUUUUUAUUGCCAGCACACUUGGCAAACAUAAUUCUCUUGGCAGAAAUAAUUUGGCUUCCUUCUACUCAAAGGAUUGUUUUUUCCCUGAAGUGUGGACACAUGCUCGCAAGCAAUAUCUCUUCUGAACAAGAAUACUUGGGUUUGACAUUUUCAUCAUGCUAUUGUAACAAACUUUUCCUCUCUCUACAGCAAAAGUGUCCUCCACUCCAUUUGGCUGUCUUAAAAAAUAACCUACCUGUGGUAAAUAGUUUAAUAGAAGCUAACCAUGAUAUAAACUCACUCGAUCAGGUGAGAACUUGUGCUUAUAAGAUGAAAUCUCGUAUUUUCUUACCUGCGUUACGUUCUUACCUUUGUAAUAAGAUGGGGAAGUUAUCAGUUGGCUUGAUACAUGCCAAGUGACUACUCUGUACAGUUACUACAGUACUUUGAUAAUGUCAAAGGAUGCACUUAGAUUCUGUAUUCUCACCACAUUUGCCUGUUUUAAUAGCACAGACCUCGACUGUCUAAAACAGCUUUUGUCAACCUGGUGCCCCCAGAUAUUUUGGACUACAUCAGUCCCAGCCAGCAAAUAUUUGUAUGCAGUAUAUAUGCAAGGCUGUAUCUUACCUUUCCUUAGAAACCUUCCCCUCCCUCCUCCAGCUGCCAUUGUGGGAAAUUUCUCCAGCCUAUUUUAUUGUGAAGAUGGCAGGAUUUAUUGCCUACCUUCCUCAUAAGUUUCUACCAUACAGGUGCACCAUCUUCUCUUUGUGCAUCAAUUAAGUAUAAUUACAUUUGCCAGGGGAAAGCUAGGUGCCCCUCCCCAAAUUAUUUGCUGUUUCUGGAAAUCCCCUCUUUCUUUUGAAACCCUGUGCUUUGAUGCACAAUUUGUAUUUAAAACAAAGGGUCAACAUCACUUUUAUCAUUUUAAAUUGAGAUCAAGAACUUAUUUUAGACAUAUUCCUAGACCCCAGAUAGAAAAUAUAUCAAAAUAUCCGCUGGAUCAUUGGUGUGGGGAAGAGAUGUUCUUGCAAGAACCCAAAGAGAUUAGAACUUUUGAGUAGACCAUUCAUAGGAUUGCAUUAUAAAAUGAAUAAUGGAGUAAUUUGGGGGGAACCCAAUUUAUACCAUAUAAAUCUAACAUUCAGGCAAGGCCUCUUUGCUGUGAGGAGUUCAAUACACAUUUAAAGCCAAAUAUAUCAGAUUUGCACUUUCUGAAACAACAUGGGAACCAAAACAGAGCCAUCCUUUGAAAUUUGCACUUAGCUGAAUGUUGCAGUGCGGUUCUCCACACAAACUACAUUUACAAGAAUGCAAAAAAAAUAUGAGGGGGAAGUGUGCAUAAAAACGAAGAUAUCAGUGAAAAUCAACAUACAAAAAUCUGUUCUAUUGGAACAAAUUGCUUGCAAAAAUGUAUACAUUAGUCAAAAUUGUGUAUGUUAGGAGAAAUUCACACAGAAAUGUUGAUGAAUUUUCAUAAGGUUUCAUUUAAAAAAAAAUCACAAAUUGCUGCAGGAUGUGGAGAACUAAAUUUAAAAUGGGAAAAGUGAGAAAGUGAGACAACUGGAAUUGACAGGUCCUUCCAUUCUUAGCACUCGCAUGAAGAAUAGUGCUAGUGAAAUAGGCUUUCCCACCCUGUGUGUCCUGUGCCAUCCCCAAGUCUACCUAGAACAGGUUUAGGGAAUCAUGGGGGAGGAGAGCAGGGAGGACAUUCCAUUGAUGUUGCAACGUUCUCUUUAGCACUAUGUUGAAUACAACCCAUUGAAGGCAACGGACAUUACUAAUAUGGGUCCAUUCAUUUAAAUGGGUCUGCUCUGAGUUGCACUUAGCUUUGUACAACCAACUGACUUUUUUGCCAUGUUUUUGUUAGUGGAGGACGUUCCUUGAUAACAUUCUUCUGCUUUGUCUUAUUUCUGCAAGAGACAUCAAACACCUUUACACCUGGCAGCAGACCUUGGAAAUGUGGAAGUAAUUGAAAUGCUGCUAAAGGCAGGUUGUGACUUGAAAAUUGUGGACAAGGUACUUUCUGUGGUUCGUGUUUCUGUGAAAAUGCAAUUACUCCACAUGUCCUGUUCUGUAGAACAGGCUGCUCUUUUCAAAUAUCACCCACUGAUAUAUAUAACUCUUGAUUUAACUUCUCUCUUAAAACCUGCAAGUGCAUGGCAAUAGUAAGCAAUCUGUGAGAUCAAACAUACAGUACUUACUGUUCUUUCUUUUUGAAAGGCUGAGCGAGGUAUAAAAUACUCCUUUUCAGAGAAACACUUUCCCAUUCUGAUUCAUUGGGUUCCAUUUAGCAGCCAUUUUGAAGCCUCUCAUCCGAUUGUGCCUUGAUGCAUCUAAACUUUUCCUUUCUAUUGGGACAUGCGUUCCCCAAAUAUAAAAAAAUACAAAGCAGUGUAAGUCACAAUGGCCCAGUUCACAUGUCAUGGUAAUCUAUAGUUAAUGGGUUUUCUCCUCAGAAUCACAUGGGGAGGAAAAAACCAUGGUCCCUGGCUUUGCAUUAUGUCAAGGAGACAAACAAAUCAUGAUCAGUAAGCUAAGAACAAGUCUUAGCUACAGAUUGUGGCUUCCUGGGAGCAAAAUAAUCCAUGAUCCCUGAAUCAUACAUAACACCUAGAGAUUUUUGAAAUAUUAUAAAUGCUAUAAAAUAAAAUAACCCAGAUCAGUGUCUGCAUGGAUGAAGCCACGUAAUUCAUUCUAUGCAUAGAUGACUGAGCCAAUUUAAAUGCUUCUAUGGGGGCCAAGGCCCAGGCUAUCAAAGCUGCAUUAGUCAAGUUCUGUUGUGGAAGUUAAACCUAUCCAUUCACAUUUAAGUUACUGACCUAAAAGGCAGGCCCAAUAGGAGUAAUUUGGUGGAGUGUCUGAGAAGAGAAUGUUACUUGAAUUUAUUAUGCAGUGCCUUAAGAAAAAGCUGGAGUAGCCCAACCAAGACUCGGCAAUAACUCUUUUGGCCCACAAUUAAUGCUUUCGUGCAUUGUGCUUUCUGUGACAUGGAUCCAGCAAGCUGAACAUUAUCUAGAUACCAAAGGAAUGAGUCCCUGUCAGAGAAAAAGGUGGGAUAGAAAUAAAUAGAUGAUGAUGAUGUUGAUGAUGAUGAUUUUUCAAAAAUAAGAGAUUGGAAUGACCUAAUGUAAAACAGGGACGCAGGUUGCGCUGUGGGUUAAACCACAGAGCCUAGGACUUGCCGAUCAGAAGGUUGGCGGUUCGAAUCCCUGCGAUGGGGUGAGCUCCCAUUGCUCGGUCCCUGCUCCUGCCAACCUAGCAGUUCGAAAGCAUGUCAAAGUGCAAGUAGAUAAAUAGGUACCGCUCCGGUGGAAAGGUAAACGGCGUUUCCGUGCACUGCUCUGGUUCGCCAGAAGUGGCUUAGUCAUACUGGCCACAUGACCCAGAAGCUGUACGCCGGUUCCCUCGGCCAAUAAAGCGAGAUGAGUGCCGCAACCCCAGAGUCAGCCACGACUGGACCUAAUGGUCAGGGGUCCCUUUACCUUUAAUGUAAAACUAGGGACCAAUCCUAGAUAUGAAAUGGUGAAAUGUCAUUCAGGCACACUUUUAAAGAGUGAGUCCCACUGAUCGUAAUGGGAUUUGCUUCCAAGCAAAUAUGCAUACGUUUGUUCUGGUUAUUAGUGUGACCCUCAUUCUGUGGGGCAAAGGCUUCUGUUGCAGCAUGUCUCUGAAUACCAUUUGCUAGGAAUUGCCAGUGGGCAAAGUGCAGCUAUGCUGCCAUCCAGCUUGCAGGCUUCCUAGAGGUGUUUGGCUGGGCAAUGUGAGAACAGGAUGCUGGAGUAGAUGGAGCAUUGGCCUGAUCCAACAGGCUCGUCUUCAUUCUUAUGUUGCUGCACUUGAAGCAUGCUUCUGUCCCUUGGUAAGGCAUACACCUGCCUUCUCUCUGCCCCCAUUUGUGCCACCGGCACCGCUGUCGUAAGUCUAGGGUAGAUUAUACCUAACGCAAUGGAAUGAAUUUCCCUCUCACACGGCUUUAGCUCUUUAGCACAUGGAAACUGGAAGAUUUAUGUUGUGGACAGCUGUUUUCAGUGUAAAUCCACUCACAUAAAAGGAUUACUGAGAUAACCCGGUAAAGUCACAGAAUUAUGUGUGACCUUGAACUGUCAGUAGCUGGGAUGUACUUGGAUUACAGAACAGCCAGUGGCUGGCUGAAGAGAGAUGGAUGUGCAGCACUGUGAAAGCAGCCGUUGUUAAGUGAAGAAUUUCACUUUUUUACGAACUUGUGUUAUCAGAGCUGUUAAGCAAAGUCACGUGAUUUGGGGCAGGAUUCAGCUAAUGCAAGGGUCAGCAACCUUUUUCAGCCACGGGGCGGUCCACUGUCCCUCAGACCAUGUGGUGGGCCGGACUAUAUUUUGGGGGAAGAAAUAUUCCUAUGCCCCACAAAUAACCCAGAGAUGCAUUUUAAAUAAAAGCACACAUUCUACUCAUGUAAAAACAUGCUGAUUCCUGGACUGUCCGCUGGCUGGAUUUAGAAGGCGAUUGGGCCGGAUCUGGCCUGCGGGCCUUAGGUUGCCUACCCCUGAGCAAAUAAGUCCUAUCAGCAGGGGCCCUGCACAAGGACUUCCACUUGUGUAAUGGGGCUUCCCUACUCUCCUCACCCCUCUGCCCCCACCCCCCACAAUUGGCUGGGGAAGGGGAGAACCCCUGGAACACGGAGGGAGGGGAGAGGAGGGGGAGAUCAUCCUGUCUGGCUAGCUGAAAUGCUUACUCUGACAGAACAAUCACCUUACCAUGAUAUUGAAUCCCCAUCUCUAUGUUUAACGUAAUCAUCUAUUAUUUUUAAAAUAUUACCUAAAGCUAAACAAAGAACAAAUUCAAGCUAUGCAAUAAUUAUUAUAUUGGUUUAGAGCCUGAUAUAAGACAGGAGAAUAUGGCCGUACUCACACAUUAUGCUAAACCAUGGCUUGUUAGCAGAGAGUGCUGGUGCUCCCUGGGAAGUCAAAGGACCCCCAAAAAUGUGCUUUUAAAAAGGAUUGUGAGUUUGGGAGCUGUGCAGAUGCACAUGCCUAUAGACCCCCCCCCACAUCCCAGGGCUCAAACCUAAGCCGGGGAGCACUUGACCCUGAAUUAUAUUGCUUUUUGAUGGAAGGGAGGUGAUAGCAUUUAAUUAGGGUUAAUUUGGUCCACCAGCUUGAUUCAAAAUGGCACCUGGCAUCCAAAUGUAAACAAAGUCUGCUGCCUCCACCUUGGGAGCCCUCAUGCUGAGUUUGGUUUCUCAAGAGGCAUCCAGAUUGAUGCAGGUUGGAACUGUCAUGCCGGAUUUGGCAAAGACCCACCAAAUACAGCAACGAUAUCUUCAGAGGGAAUGAAACCACCAUAGUUUGUACCUGUUGUGCCAAAAAAUAGGUGAAGCCGUGCCAAAAUUAUAUUUCAGUCAGCCAUCUUGAUUCAAAAUGGUGCCCGGCAUCCGAACAUCAGUGAAGAUUCCCACCACCAUCACCUCUGGAACACUUAGUCCACGUUUGGCAACGGUAUCGUGACAGGCGGCCAAACCUAAGCUUAAAAUGAGUGUGUUUGGAUUAUAAUAUAAAUCUUCCAAAGGGAAUUGGAGAACUUAAUGGAAGAUAAGCCACCAUGCUCCUGAAUGCCAGUUGCUGGGGAUCACAAGCAGGACUGUGCUAUUGUACUUAUGUCCUGCUUGUGGGUUUGCACAUGGUCACUGUGUGAACAAUUCUUUAUGUGUGUUUUUUCUUAUUGUGAUUAAUUUCUAUAGCGGAAACUGCUGUAUGAGAGCUGGACCCCACAAGGCAGCCUACAAAUACUUGAAAUAAUUUUAAUUUUUACGAAUUUGAAAUACCCAUUAUAUUGUGCUCUUCCUUACAACUGGAUACUGUGUUUCAUGCUCUGGGAUAGUAGUCAUACAUAAUUAUAGAACCUGCUAACAGUUUGUUCUUGUUGCUUUGAUUUUCCACUAUCCAUAUCCUGUAACAUUGACAGUAAACAAGUUAAUGUUUGGAUUAUAUGAAACAGUGCACCGUUAAUGGAAAAGUGUAUUAUAAUUUGUCUGGUAUUAGUACACCAUUAGUUCCCGAUAUUGAAGAGAGAUAUUUUUUGGAUGAGCUCUUAGAUCCUAAUGACUACUACUUGUUUUAGUUUUUGUAAGCUUUUCCCCUUUUUGUGUUUGUUAAUAUUUCGAAAUUCAGUUUUUUAAAAAAUGAAAAAGAUGAAGCUGCUAACCUCUUUUAGCUUGGCCUCUGUUUUCUCAAGCUUUAAUUGAUUCACACUGUUUGCCUUUUCAGCAAGGAAAAACUGCACUAGCUGUAGCUUCCAGGAGCAAUCAUGCCUUGAUUGUAGAUAUGAUUAUAAAAGCAGAAAGGUAUUACACCUGGAAACAGGUAAGAAAAAACUCUGGUUUAUUUAUCCUUUUGCUAACACAUAUUUAUCCAAUAAGUGAAACCAUUUUUUCAAAAGAUGUUAAUCUAAUGGCUUUGGAUUCCCAAACUCUAAGGUGGGCUUCCUUGUAAAGGGGCUAGAAAAUGCUAGAGAGAAAGUGGGCAUUUCUUUUUCUUAUUUCCAUUGCAUCUUUUGUUUAUGUCUUCACUGUUAUCCAACAGCAUGUUGAGUUAGAUGCUGAGCUGUCUUCCUGAAGUUUCUUGGCAUCCUGAUGAACUUGGUGCUUCCCAUUCUUAACGCACUGUAUGGGAAAUGGCGGGGAAAAUCAGUAUGUUCUGCCUACCCAAAGAUCCUUUCCAUACAGCACAAUCUGGUGCAUAUUUACUUAAAAGUUAGUACCGCCAUAUUUGUUGGAGAUUAUUCCCUUGUAAAUAUGUUUAAGAUUGCAGCUUUGGAGACUUCUUUAUUUUCCGUCAGUCUACUUUCUGCUGUGGCUGGGUUUAAAGGUGGGGGGAGGUUUUCCCCAUUGGGGCAAUUAUUUGCAUACUCAUGCACCUUUUAUUGCCCAAAUUGUAUUAUGUUACAGUCUGAUUGUCUGAAUGGUUCAGUAAGGUAAGUACACACUCAUGUUUUGGCAUUGUCACAGCACGUUUAGAAUAUUUGCAGUGGCAUUCUUGGUAGUGACUACAGUGAACAUAUGGGACGCAGGUGGCUCUGUGGUUUAGACCACAGCGCUUGCGAUCAGAAGGUUGGCGGUUCGAAUCCCCAUGAUGGGGAUUUACCUUUUAAAGUGAACAUGGUGUGUUGGCUGGCCACACAAUGAAAUUGUGGGGGGUUUUUUGCGCAGGUGAUUGGGCUCCAUUUGUUUAUUUCGUGUCUGAGGCUAGCCACAUAAUAUGGAUUAUGUUCAACCCUCCCAUUGCCCCCGUGGAACCACGUGGGCCCAAUGAAAACAGUUUGGCCUAUAUCAAGGUCAGAGAUCCCACAGGACAGAUCACAUGCCUCUUUGAAACUACAACUUCCAUGAUGCCAGAGGGCCUUGGAAAUACUGUGCAUGAAUGGUCACAUUCAAGUCCUCCUUGUGCAGCUUAUGAAACAGAAGUAGAAGAUAGUGAUAAAAUACGAAGUAACGCUCCAACUGGGAUACAGAUCCUAAAAAUCAGGGUAUUAUUGGCGUGCUCCUUUUUACAGAACUAAUGUGCUGCAGUGGCUAAAAUGUAGACGUUGGCAACUCAUUCAGCCAUGAAACUCAUGUCCUUCAGCAAGGCACUGUCCCGUACCACCCAGGGGUUGUUGAGGAUAAAAUCAAGCUGCCAAGCUCUGUGGAAGGACAUGAGAAAAAGAAAUAUGGGAAAUAAGCAAACAUAUUGAUUGAGGGAAAAGGAAUGCCAGCAGAAUGCACACUUUUACUGCAGAAACAUAGAGCUUUCCAUGAUGGAGUUGGUGUACUUGAAGCUCUUGUUUUUUGUUCCGUUAAAUAAAACAGAGAAUGGAGGAAAGGGCAGGAAGGGAACACAAAGUACAGAUUCAGCUUAGAUUAGUUUGGAGUUAGCUGGCUUUCAUAAUGUGUCGCAAGGUUAAUUACAUGCUUAUUUAAGUGCAGGUCUUCGCAGUUCUCUUCCAUAUGGGGAAACAAGGUUCAGCUGGGAGGAGGAGGAGGCGGCGGCUGUAUUCUUUACCAGAGAGAAUGGCUUUGGAGUCUGGUGAUAAUCAGAUGGAUAUUUGUCUGCAGAUGUUUGCAACAGAAAUGGGCAAAGGAGGGCAGGAGAAGAUUUCACAGCAAACAGCUGCUGGUCAAGGGAAGCAAAGCAAUGUCUGGGUUUCUGAGUAAAUCCAUAAUGGCAUCUGUUGUAACAUGCAUUCAACAUAGGCAAGCUGGGAUUCUGUGUGCUCCAUCUCAGCCCAAUAUACAGAUGGGUCUGAUGAGGUCUCUUUUUUUGCCAGGAUUCUGUGUCAUGUUCAAAUUCUGUCCUUUAUGAUGUGAAGGUGCAGUGAGAUACCCUUGUACAGAAGGACAGGAGGGGAAAAUGAACUAUUACUGCUUUUGCUUUUUUUAGUAUCUCAAGCUUAGUCCAGUCCUUUAAAAGGUAAAGGGACCCCUGACCAUUAGGUCCAGUUGUGACCGACUCUGGGGUUGCGGCACUCAUCUCGCUUUAUUGGCCAAGGGAGCCGGCGUACAGCUUCCGGGCCAUGUGGCCAGCAUGACUAAGCCACUUCUGGCAAACCAGAGCAGCGCAAGGAAAUGCCAUUUACCUUCCCGCCGGAGUGGUACCUAUUUAUCUACUUGCACUUUGACGUGCUUUCGAACUGCUAGGUUGGCAGGAGCAGGGACCGAACAACGGGAGCUCACCCUGUCACGGGGAUUCAAACUGCCGACCUUCCGCUGCAUCUGUAUGCCUUUGAGGGAGCUAUUGAAAACUAGACCUGGAAAUUGACUGGGGCUGCAUUAGGUAUACCAGCAGGUUUUUCUACUGUGGGGGUGAAUUCUGCUUCCCCCAUCUUCACACCUCAAAGCAUGGCCUCCAACGUGAACACAGAUUGUGUCUUCCUCUUUGCCCCUCCUCUAAUGCUUCAAGCACUCUGCCUGCAUUGGGCUGGUUAAAAACACAACAACAAAAACCAUUGUAUAUAUGUCUGAUGAAAUGCUUGUUCCUAGAAAAAGUAAUAAUUUUUUAUCUUGAAGUGGCUUCAAGAUUGAAACAAGGGCCAGCCAUUCAGUGCUGUGCAGAGGUGGAGCAGAAAUGUGUUUUGUCUUUAAUCAGAACAAGGGUCUCUCACUUGCCAAGAUGCAGAGAUGUGUGAAUAUAGAAACCUCUCAACUUUUUGUGCAGCCCUUCUGUACAAGAUGAAAAACCCAGAAUGUUGCCUGAAAGGGAAUGCGAUUCUCAUGCUGAAAAGGGUUUCCCAGCCCUGAUUUAAAAUGUCAAGGCUAUCCACGUGAAUCUCUAACGGCAUUAAUAUUCUAGAAGUGUAUACUGAAAUUGUUUAUUAAUUUAGUAUCUAAUGAACCAUGCAAAAUGGUCCAGCACCUGUGAACUCAUCUAGGCUAUGAUCUAAUCUAGGUCUGCAAGAUCUGGUGCAUGGAAACUUUUGGCCAUGCUCAUGAAUGCAUAAAUGUAGGUGUGCUAUUGGGCAUGAGGCCUCACACAAUCUUGAAGAGUCUACACCAUAUAUUUUAUGUGUAGUGUAUGUUUGGCAGUAUCUUGCCUCUAGCAAUGUGUUUUGAUUUCUGCCCAUUCCUUGAGAAUAUAAAUAGAUGAGAGGGGUUGCUAUAUGUGAGAGUGACUCUCUGAUGUUCUUCUAUUGCUUCACCUCUGCUAUCACUGUCAAAGCUGUAGCAUUUAUAAAUGUCUCACUUGUUUGCUUCCUGGAAACAAAUGCCUUAGGGGGAUAGCAGUAUAAAGUAAGUUGGGGGCUAUUCAUGUCGGUAAUUCUGUACAGGCAGAGCAGAGGUAGAAGUGUUUGCUAUGAGAAAUGCUGGAAACAGGAGCCUAGUAUCCUGUUUCCCUGUAUCAGCGAACCCUGGUUAUUGGUUGGUUUGUUUUUACAAUCUGUUGUUGCGUCCUCCUCCAAUUCUUUCCCUUUGGGGGUGUAGUAUGUCAUGCUUCUUGUUGCAAUCAAUAUCAGGGCUAAGAUUCAAAGCCCAGGGAUAUUUUUAAUAAUUGGGGGAGGGGAGCCCUAUUAUUGGAAGAACCACAUGGCUUCAUCUUUAACUUUCUUUCCAGGAGCAUCUUCAAAGUGGUGAUGAUCUGCAAAACAAUAUCCUGUCUUUUAAACAAGAUCACAGUGUGCAGACCAAACAGAUUCGCUCCUCCCUUUGGAAUCUUGCUUACAACCAGUUAAAAAUGCGUGAGUGGACAAAACUGGCACAAUUUUGGAAGUUUACAGAUGAGCAAGUCAAAGCUAUUGAAGAACAGUGGACAGGUAAAUAUACUACAUGAAAUGGUAGUGUCCUCAUUCCAGACAUAAGAAAGUCCAUAUAAGCCUGAGCUACAGGUUUUGAAUUAUGGAGAAAUUAGUAUUUCUCUGGCUCUAAGCAUUUAAAAUUAAAUGUAGCUGUAUGGUUGUUGGUUUUUAAAUGCAGGAUACAAUCAAUAGCUGCUACCUUUCUUGCCAACUUUGGAUAGUUGUUUCCAAAGUGAGCAUAGAAAAUGUAAUCAUAUGGUUCUUCUGUACAUAAUAAAAUACAGGAUGUACUUUUGUCGUUGUUGUGCUAUAUAUGUUCUCCUGGCAUAGACUAGGUCUUAAAAUGGAUUCUAUAAAUGCCCCUCUUUCAAAUUUUGUAGGUGCAUUUGUUUAAAGCAAGACUUUGCCUUUAGACAUUGAAUUAAAAGUCGUCUCAUAAGUCAACAUACAUAUUCUCAUACCUGUCAAUGUUUGAAAGGGGUGUGUGUGAGAGAAUUUGAUUUUGGCCCCACCCACUGAGCACUGGUUCAUGCUCAGUCACCAGCACAUUGUGUAGUAUGUUACUGUUUCAAUAUUUACAUUUAUAAGUAAAUGGUGUGUUAAAAACAGAUAAGGAUCCCUUGUUGGUUCAGCCAACUGGGACCAAGUGAACUCUUGGAUUACAAGCUCUGCUCUUCCACACAGCCAUAAUGUGGAGCCCUUUGAUGUUUUCUCUAGCAUGCCCAAGGUCACCUUAUGCAGAUUGACACCCAUCAAUCUGGCCAAAGGGUAGACAAUUGUGAAGCCAUGUUCCUAAUGCAAUUACGUGAUGAUUCUCCACUUAACAUGUAGUAGGAUCUCUGUUCAAUUUCCAUGAGUGGGGAAAGUUAUUCUUUAACCAUUUCAACUGUGAGUUUCAAAGGGAGCAUUCCUCCUCCUAGUAUGUGAACCCUGCAACCUCUGCAAUCAAGCUGGGGAAAUGAAAAGACAAACACACACUUAAGCUGCAUUUCCCUCUCACCGCUGAGUAAUUGUCUAAAUUGUAACUAACAAGGAAAGGUUAGCGCCUUCCCUGCAAGUCAUUUAGCACCUAGUCUAAUAAACUUGGGAAGAGAUAGGGAAUAAAACAGCAUGUUGGUAGCUUACAAAAAUCCCAAGUGGAAACGGGUAGGGCAGAAGAUGCUCUUAUUUGUGGCAAGACAGUUGCUUUCAAGUUGUGGAAGCAAGUAUCCAAAAAGGUUCCGUUCUCAGAGCCAAACUGGAUGUUACAUGAGAUUUGUGUUUGCAUCUCACAUGUGCUGGUCUUUUUUUUAAAAUAAAAAAAGAGAAGAACAAUAAGGUGGAGGGAAUACCUAACCAUUUUCAUUCCAUUUUGGGGGUGGGGAUGGCACCCCAUCACACAAGUUGAAGCUGCUUUCUCUCCCACAUGGGAGAAGAUACAGGAUCCCCAUACAGACAGUGAAGCAGUUUGGGGAGAGCAAAUUUAAGUGGACAAAUGGUGGACAAAAGAGUUAGGCAGCACCUUCCUUUUAGACUCCACGGCUACUUUUCAGUUAAAAAGAAGAGUAAGGGUUUUCUGUUCUCACAUCUCCCAUGUAAUGUCCACCUUAACUCUCAGUCCUCCCACACAGCAAAUUGGUGGUUCCAUAUUCAGUGUGAAUUUUCUGGGCUUUGGGGUGUUGGUGUUGAGUUUUUAUUUUUAUCUGCUGGUUAGGGGUGUGUGGGAGUAUUGCUUGCUUCAUUGUUUGGCAGCAUGCUAUCAUGGUUACGGGAGUGUAUUUUUCCCUAAUUUGUUGUAUGGAAUAUCAAUCCCUUUCUUCCCUAUGGCAUAGUACAUUUAUAUACAUCUUUUCCAGUGCUUGGAGAAUCUUUGGCUGACAAGAGACUAAUGAUAAUUCCCUCUAAGAAUUGCAAGUUUGAAACAGAGACCCUUUAUACAACCCCUGCUCCCAACAGAGCCUCUUCUUUCCCUGUGAACAGAGGGGCUUGGAGUAUCAAGCUCAUUCAAGCAAGCAUCCCUACACCAGUGGGAGAUAACAUCCCAUGUGAAAACAUUUUUCUUUCUAAAACUAUAGUUAACAUUACAUAUGUUGUUGCCUAGGAAAAAAGAGCUACAAGGAACAUGGACACAGAAUGCUUCUUAUCUGGUUGCAUGGCGUCCUAACGGCGGGCCAGAAUCCAGUUAAAUAUUUGUAUGAAGAUCUGGUAAAAGGAGGAUUCAGAGAUCUAGCUGGUGAGCAAUCAAAUGAAGAUAUUCUAUUUGGUCUUUGAAGAGCAGAGACAUUGGGUGGGAUUUACCGAACAAGUCCUGUCAGCAGAAACCUUGUGCAAGUUCUUCUGCAUACACCAUGAUUUCCCCCAUCUCCUCCUCCACACGCCCCCCAAAAAUGGCUAAGGGUAUGUCACAAGAACCCCGAAAACUGUGUGUAGGGGGAGGAGAGGGGCAGUCAUUCCAUCUGGCAAAGUGAAAUGCUUGAGCUGACAACAUAAAUGCCUCUCUGAUUCUGUAAGAGAAGAAAGUUUUCUUCCCCAACACACUGCUGGUUUGCGUAAGGUACCUCCAAUUGGUGUGGGAGUAAGAUAUACCACAAAGGCACCUUUGCUUCCUUCUGUGCAGACACUCCUUCCAACUUGCUAGCUAUGGCAGUGCACAAGAGGAAAAACAGGUACAUUGCAAGGGAUCAAUUUUGCUGGGAAUUUGGAAAGUGACUUCAGUUGGUUUAGUUGAUCUGGCCCACCCCUGCUAUACCAACACAUAUUGAUUUAUUUAGUCAUAGUUCAGGAGUCAUCAGCUGUGCCAGUUAAAAAAAUGUCUGCUGUGUCAUAAUUUAGAAUACAAGUACAGUCACAGCGGCUUUGUUCCCACUACAACCUCAUGCUUGCUGGUCCUGCUUGUGGAGAUCAUACCAUAUUGAUCCCCCACAACAAUGAUGUGGUUGUCUUCUAAUAACAGGGAGCAUUCCAUGGUACCAGAAAAGCCACACCACACACUUUCACACGCAUCGCAAAUGCAAACACUUCCAAUACAUGCAACUCCCUCCCUCUGCUCAACAGCAUCUUUCUCAAACACCUCCCCCCAUUCUUGAGCAUCUCCACCCCAGAUGAAGGAAAUGCCUGCCAUUUGCAAUCAAUCAUCAAGCCAUUAAAACACACAAAAAAUACAUUGUGGUUGCUAACACAGUAGCAAUUCCUUGAUGUGGUUAAACAAGUGAGGCACCAGACUUCAGAUGAGGCAAAGGGCCUUUCCAGCUGAUGAAAAGCCCAAAUUUUACUUUGAGCAAGUUCACCUUAUCCCUAAGGGUGCGAUGCCAUGUCCUCCUCAUGGAUAAUGAGCUGCUUGCUGGAGGAAGACAGGAACAAGCUGUACUCAAUUUGUUACUUGGGGAGAAAACAAAACAAAAAUAUUGGCUCAUCCAGACUUCUGCUUGUCCGACUGCUUUCCCCCAGGAAAACCCAUUAUUAACUGCUGAAUCAGAGCAAACAUCAAUCGGGUUUUUCAUGGACUGACAUUUGCUCUGAUUGAGCACUAUUAAGAGUGGCUUUUCCUGGGGAAAGCAGAGGGGCAAACAGAAAACCACUUGGACCCUUGCUUUCUAGGCAGAAGACAAGCAGCAGUGUGGAUGAGCCCUGAAUGCUUCAGUGGGGGAGGGAAAGAGCUUUUAGUUGUGAGCAAAAAAAUUUAAGAACGAAAUGAUGGGAUAUACUGGAGCCUGGGCUGCAAAAAAAAGAUGAAAAGUUCCCAUGCAGCACCAAUUUCUUAAAAAGGCAAAUACCCAUGGUGUGGCUAUAGCUACAUCAUCAGUACAUAUAAGUAAAGGAAACAAGAUGGCAGGAAGCCAGUAUACAAAUAAUACUGAAAGCAUUUUAAAUAAAAGAAAGCAAGCCAAACAACUUUGUUUUGGGGGUGCCUGUUUCUAUUUCAGAAGUUCUUUAAUUGCCUCUGGUUUCACUUUAACAGCAGAUGGUUGGGUGGAUACUGAAUAUUGUGCAUUGUGCAGAAACGAACAUGAAUCGUUCACAUCUGACAUAUUAUAGGCAUGCCAUGUUUUCUGAAGUCUCACAAGUAUUUCCUCUUACAGAGAAGAUCAGAGCAGAAAAUAAUGCUGGCACAGAAUCCAAGAAAUGUGCAAUUUCAUGAACUUAUCCACCGAAGAGCUGGAAACUACAUACAUUCUGGAAUUUACAGGUGCCAUUUUUAUUUUUCAAUAGAAGAUGCUUCUUCAAAAGCAGCCACUUUGUUCCCCAAACUUCUAUUUCAGUGCACUGAAACAUAAUUGUACGACAGAAGGUUUUUGGUUUUUUGGCAAGAGAAUGCCAUGUAUUUUUCUUACGGCAAACAAUUCUAUAGUGGACAUGUGAUUUAAAACUUUGCGUUAGAUACUUAACAGAAUCUUGAAACUUAAUGCAAUGAAUUUUAUCAAAACUUCAUAAUCUGAAGGUUCUAACAUGAGGUUACCAUACAGUACACAACUGAUGUUCCUUAAGUAUAAAGUGUUUUUCAGCAUAAUUUUUUCCUCCUAAAGUUUAAAGGUUCCUCUCUCUUAUUUUUGCAAGUAGACACCUGGAAACCAAUUUUUUCCCCCAGAAUAGCGUGAUGGUACAAAAUUAUACAAAUUGUGUAUUAGGGCCGAAAGAGCUGUACAUACCCAAGCUUUUGCAACCAUCCAUAUCUCAAUGCAACCUCCUGUGGUUUUUCAAAAUGCUGCUCCUUGAAGUGGCAGUCAGCAUUGGGAAGGGAAAUUGGCAGGACCUCUGCAUGAAGUGCCUUAGAUGUCCACAAAAGCCUCUUUGGAUCCUGGGCCAAGAAUAUCCCAGCCUGACCAGAGAUCACCUGGAGGAGAGCAAUUUCUUGUCUUCCUACUAGAAGUCAGGCAUUUAGUGUCGCCAGUCCAAUUUGUGAAAUACUCUCAGCCACUAAUUUUCAGGUGUUUCUUGAAAAUGUUUUUAUGGCAACAGGCCUAUUUAGCUGUCCAACCAUUUUUCUUUCAAGAUGAGACCAUCCUUUUAUUAAUAUUUUGUAUUGCUUUCAAGGUAUUUUCUAUUUUAUUGAACCUGUAAAAAUUUUUGAAUACCAUAUAGCUAUUUUAUAUGCAAGGGUGGUGUCUAAAUAACGAUGUUCAAACUAGGUUACAGUCACAAGGGUGGCAUAAAUUAUUAUUACUAUUAUUAAAUCUAGUUCCCAUCUGCCAUGGCCAAGAGUCAGGACUGAUGGAAGCUGGUGUUGAACAACUGGAGUUGUUCUAUUUUGUGUCUUUAUCAUAAAAGUGUGAAACCGAGUACACAUACAGGGAAGAAUGCAUCGCCAGAGUGGUGCAUGCUCUAGUUAUCUCCCGCUUGGACUACUGCAAUGCGCUAGACUAUGUGGGACUCGGAAACUGCAACUAAUCCAGAAUGUGGCAGCUAGACUGGUGACUGGGAGUGGCCGCCGGAACCAUAUAACACCGGUCCUGAGAGAUCUUCACUGGCUCCCAGUACAUUUCCGAGCACAAUUCACAGUGUUGGUGCUGACCUUUAAAGCCCUAAACGGCCUCGGCCCAGUGGAACUGAUAAAACUCAAAUUCAUCAUGAAAGAGUGCAUUAUGAGACCUUUAAAAGUGGCACUGCAGAUGCCACUUUUUACAAUUGGGGGGAACCAAAACGUUGCUAUCAUGAAAACAAAGGACUGGGACGUUACUUCUCUAUAAAAGCAUUCAUUUUCACUCAAAUUAUGUCUAUAAAUGUACUACUACUCAUGGCAAAGAAACCUAUUUCAUAUUGUAUUUUGCCCUGUUUUCUCAUUUGGUGUCAGCAAAAAUUAUGGAGGAACAUCCCCACCACCCUGAAUUUCAAGUCUGAUUGGUACAUCAACAGUUUAGGGCUUCAGAAUAAUAAAAGAUAUAUGUAAGGCACUAUUGAUGUUUAAGUAGUAGAAAUACUCGUGCUUCUUAAAAUAUACAGAGUUCAGUUUAUCCUUUUUAUUAAAAACAUUAAAUAAUCAUUAAUAAAAUAGUUAAGAAAAUAAGAAUUUCAAGUAGACCUUAUUUGCAGUUACAAAGAACUACAUUGCACUAACUCAGGCGCUUUAUAUUUAAGCCUCAAAACAUUUUUACAUAUUUAUUAUUAUUAGUGAAAGGAAAAACAUGAUGCAUCCUUGGGGUAUAAACAUCAGGGAGCAUUUUAAACUGUAACCUAGAAUAUUUGCCUCCAUGUGUUCAAGGUAAAAUACAAGCAUUUUAACCUGUAAACCUAGUCAACCACCUUUAUUGACUGGAUGUUGCUGUGGGUCUGGGAGUGAGAUUUCGCACUGUGUCCUGAAGGCCUCGCACUGAUAGUGUUAGAAAAUUGGUGCAAAGUUCGAGGAUAUUUAGCAGCAGUAGCUUGAGGUAUGGUUUGCUGAAACAUACAAGAAAGAAGGAGUUAUUUUUCCUGUCCCAUCUCAUGAUCUCAAACAAGUCCAUAACAUUGGCAAGGUAAACCAGAUACUCAAAGAGACUUCUAAAAAAUACUUCCAUUUUAAAAAAAUGUUUCCCAUAGGUCAUCAAAUAAAAAGUGAAGCAACUGCUCAACUAGUAACUUUUCUAUUUGUUCUCUGUAAAUUGGAAAGUCAAAUGUCCUACCUAGCAACUUAAAAGCUUUAAGAAUGAAGAAGAGCCCUGCUGGGUCAGACUGCAGAAGCCUAUUUAGUCCCGUAUUCCAUUCUCAUUGGCCAACCAGAUGCCUGAGGGAAACUCAUAUGCAGGGCAUGAACUCAGCAGCAUUUUUCUCACUCCACAACAACUGGCAUUUAGAAGUAUACUGCCUCUGAUCCUGGCCCAUGCCUAUUAUUAUUACUGAUGUAAGUCAUUUUGGGAGAAUGUGGAUUUUCUAAGGCCUCAUAUACCUAACAUCACUGCUCUCUGCAGAAACGGUUACUGUGGCGGCGGCAACCUUUUACACAUUAGAUGGAUGGCUACUCCAUGGUGUUUUCAGUGCCUCCUGAAGAUCUUCCUCUUUCCAUAUGCUUUUAAAGUGGAUUAUUUUUAUCCCAGUCUGCAUCUGUAUUGGAGCUAUUUUUAACUAUUUUAACAUAUGGAAUUGUUUUCAUUUGUUUCAAAAAAUGGAGCUGCUUUAAUUGCUUUUAUAACCUUCUUGUUUUAUGGCUGUAGCUGUUUUCAUAACUGUAUAUUCCAUAAUGUGGGACAUUAUGAGAAAAGGUAAGAAAUCUAAUAAAUGGACAAAUU